AUGGCUGUGAACGUGUGUUAUUGUGUAAAACUGUCGCCUAACAAAAAAUCGAUUUUUGGAUUGAGUAUGAGGAGCCAAAUAUUAUAUUUGGUAUUGUUUGCCGGCUUCUUGGCUGUUGCUUCAGCUGCGGACACGGAAGUAUCUUGUGCUAAUGUGAGAAGUAUUUUCGAAAAGAAAGGAAUGCUGUCGAUGGUUGAUAUACAAGAACAGCCAAAUUCAGAUGCUGGCGAGCUUUGCUUAAACAAGGGUUGCUGCGGUGCCGGCGCACGCACACGUCUCACGCUACAAGCGCGUUCGCAACUAGAAGCCGCGCUUCGCAGUGAGCUUAAUAAGCUCGCUGAUAUCCUCUCUUCGAAAGCUAAGCGGUUUGAUGAAUUCUUUCGCAAGCUAUUACAGCUGUCGCGACAGGAGUUCCACGCCAUGUUCAAGCGGACUUACGGAAUGAUUUAUGAACAACACUCUUAUGUCUUCGAACAACUGUUUGAAGAAUUGGAGAGGUACUAUACCCGCGGCGACAAAGAUUUCGAUGAAAUGAUGGACAGUUUCUUCAGCAUCCUCUACCAGAAGAUGUUCACAGUGCUCAACUCGCAGUACAGCUUCGACGAGAAGUAUCUAAAAUGUGUAAGCGAGCACAUGCGAGACAUCAAGCCCUUCGAGGAUGUGCCGUCGAAGCUCUCAGUGCAGCUGCGACGAGCUUUCGUCGCUACUCGCACCUUCCACAAAGCACUGCGAGCUGGUGCUGAUGUUGUCAAGAAUAUGAUGCAGGUGGGUGUAUCACAAGAGUGUGUAACCGCGUGGGCUCGCCUCCGGUACUGUGGUACGUGCUCAGGCCAGCAACAACCCGCUUGUAGCCGAUACUGCCAUAAUGUUAUCAAGGGAUGUUUACCAGCACACGCGGAUCUGGGUGAACAGUGGGACGCAUAUGUUGAUGCCGUAGAAAAAGUAGCAGAUCGCCUCCUCGGUCCGUUCAACAUAGCGAUGGUAGUCGAGCCCAUUGAUAUAAAAAUCUCAGAAGCCAUUAUGAGCUUCCAAGAGCGUAACCAGGAGAUCUCACAGAAAAUCUUCUCUGGUUGCGGGAAACCAAUUCUAGGGGGAGGUGGCAGUACUGGGCCAUUCUUCACCUCCGACAGGAGUCGGCGUUUCGCAAGAUCCAUACCAGACUUUGAUUGGAACCACAAAUCCAACGAUGUCGACGAUUUCGAAAUAGAGGCAUCUUUCGAGAGUCUCAUUAACGACGACCCGUUGCUAGUCGGACUCAAGUCACCCGACGGUAUAAGAAAAGCAACGGAAGAAAUGGCUGAACAGUCCAAAUUGAGGGAACGUUUCCUCCAAUAUAUGAGAGGUCAAAUUAAAUUGGACGAAUAUGAAGAACACGAGAGAAGGAAACGAGACGCUGACCCAGAACCAGCGCCUGGAGGCGCGGAAAUUGACUUUAAGUCAUACGAAUUCGAUGGCAAGCGAGGAUCUAAGAAGAAGAAACCAAUCAACAAAGCUGAAGACAAUUAUGGUGGCGAGUCCGGUCCAGCGCUAGAGCGUCUAGUAAGAGAGACGAGGUCCCGCAUCCGCGCGUCGCGCCGCUACUGGGUGCACCUGCCCGCCGUGCUGUGCGCCUCCACCAGCGUCACCAGCACGCCCUGCUUUAACGGCUCCCAUGUAGCUAGCUACACGUCAAUAGCGGCGGGCGACGGGUCGCCGGCUCUGGCGUCCAACCCCGAGGUGCGCGCGGCGGCGGCGCCCGCGCCCGCGCCGCCCGCGCUCGACGCGCUGCGCUCCUACACCGCCAAGCUCAAAGACGCCUACAACGGUGUGGAAGUGCAGUGGAAAGAUUCUGCCGAGGAGCUGCAGGCGGCGGCGGCGUCCGUCAGCGAGUUCUCGGACGCCGGCUCGGGCUCGGGCUCCGGCGACGACGCCUACGACACCGAUGACCUCCCCACCGACGACGAGGACAGGAACGAAGAUGAUUAUCCCGAAGGUUCAGGAGAUAGCCGGUUCGUUGCCGGCACCACAUCGGUGGACAUAGACCGCCCUGUGUCCGAGGUGCCAAUGCGCACGAACGUACCCGAAGUACCAAUAGCACCUAAAAACAUCGAACCAGUGGAAAAAGAACCAGAACCAGAACUGCCAGUCGAGACAGACCUGCCAGACCAACGCGUGCCAGACCUGACAGACCCUGUCAGACCUACGGAGCAACCAGUAGCCGCCUCCGCAGACAGACCUUCCCUACAAAAGGCCCUAUUCACAUACGCCUUACCAGUAGUGUGUGCUUGGUUCGGAACGAUCGUCACUGAUCUGUUU